GUCUGACCCCCCUGCACGUGGCCGUGGCCUCGGGGUCCCGCGAGAGCGUCCUGGUCCUGCUGGAACACGGAGCCGACGUCGAUGCCGGGGACAUCAAGAGCGGGCGCUCCCCACUUCUGCACGCGGUGGAGAACGACAGCCUGGAGAUGGCCGAGCUCCUGCUGCAGCACGGUGCCAGCGUCAACGCCCAGUCCUACGCCGGCUGCACCGCCCUGCACGCGGCCGCGGGCCGGGGGCUGCUGCGGCUGCUGCGGCUGCUGCUGCGCUGCGGCGCCGACUGCGGCCUCCGCAACCUGCACAACGACACUGCGGCUGCUGUGGCUGUCAGCGCUCAGGUGAUCGACAUCCUGCGGGGCAAAGCCUCGAGACCCCCCCAGGACCCCCCAAAAUCCCCCCGGGACCCCCCCAAUGGCCCCACCUCCGAAGCCACGCCCACUUACACAUCAAGAGCCACGCCCACUUCCGCAUGCGCAGCCAAUCGGGUGGAAGGGGCGGAGCUUCCCGGCAGAUUGACGGGAGCACAGGAAGGCCCCGCCCACCAGCAGAGCAAGGACCAAUCAGAGGUGGCCGCGGGGAAGCCCCGCCCCUUUGGGCCUCAGAGGCUCCGCCCACGGGAGGGGCGGGGCCAGAGCAGCAUUAAGGGAGAAUAGAGAAAAAAUAAAAUAAAAUAAAAUAAAAUAAAAUAAAAUUA